UCUCCCCUGAAAAUACCCCGUGCCUCUUCGGCUCCCUCUCGUUGCCCCUCGUUUGAUGAGCGAGCGAAAAGAGUAAAACUUUCUCCCUCCUCUUCCUCUCUCUCUCUCUCUCUCUCUCUCUCUCUCUCUCUCUCUCUCUCUCUCCCUCUCUCUCUCUCUCUCUCUCCUAAUCUCUUUCUUUCUCCUGCCUCCUCUUUAUCUUCUUCCCGAUCCUGCCUAAUCUAAGCGCAAGCCCUAAUGGAGGCCUCAGCCGCGAUCGGUCUCGCUCCUCCUCAUUUAGAUGCAGAGGUCGGUGAUGGAGAGAAGAAGGUUGAGGUCGAGGGAGAGGGAAUAAUGGCGGAGGGGUAUGGAGUCUGUGCUAUCUGCUUGGAGAGGAUCUUGAUUCAGGAGGCCGCCCUUGUAAAAGGUUGCGAGCACGCCUACUGUGUGACUUGUAUUCUGAGAUGGGCGACAUACAAGCAGAAUCCUUCCUGCCCUCAGUGCAAGCAUCCAUUUAACUUCCUGAACGUUCAUCGUUCACUCGAUGGCUGCAUUCACGACUACAUGUUUGAGGAGAGCGUUUGCCUUCUCCUGAGAGCUACUUGGUUUCUUCCUCUAUCAGUAGAACCCAAUGAAGAUGUAUCUGAUGAACUAGAAGACUUAGACUUGUACCGGUAUGAUUACGAGGGUGAGGAUGAUGAUGAUGAUGAUCUCGAUGAAGCCUUUUAUUUUACUAACAGCAGCUCGUCAAGUAUCCGUAUUGGUAACCGAAGGUGGGGGGAUAACGGUUAUGUAAGGGCCGGGAGGAAAGAGGCUCGCCCUGCGAACCGUCAAUCUUUUGGUGGUGAUUCUGAUGCAGGUCCAUCUCGAUGUCUUAAGAAGAAAGAGGCGUCGUCACCGAAGGAGGCUACAGGUCGUCGUGCUAAGAGAGCACUGAAGCGUGAGGCUGCAGACAAAGCGGCUGCAGCAAAGCAUGAGAAACACUUGCAGAGGUUUGGCCGGAAUUAGUUUGCUCAGGCCUCAGGGCGUCUCUUGCCCUUGUACAGGAUUCUAGGUUCUAGUUUCAUCUUGUGAAAUUACGGCCUUGUUGAAAACUAUGGUCACUUGUAAAGACAGUGGUUAGGCUUUAGGCUAGGGUUUUAGGGAUUAGGGUGUUCUAUUUUCUCCAUUCUGCUUAUGCUUAGGGCAAGUGAUGAUGCCUUGGUUCAUAUGAAGGCAAGUUGAAUGAAUCAUCAACUGCAACUUCAGAUGCCCGUUCUACAGUAGUAUAUAAGCAGUACAUAUGUAGUUUGUUGGUAGAUUAUGAUAUGGGACUCAUGGAUUUGAAUUGGAUUAUAAACAUUCUAUGUAUGUAUCUUUAUCUAACUGGAAGAUAACUACAAUGAGCAGUACAUUGAUUUUA